ACCGAUUGUAUUUCCGCCUCCACUGCCGCCAGCGGCAGCGCCACCACCUCCACCGCCGCCACUACCAACUCCUCCUUUGCUAACACCGCCACCUUGUCCGCCGAUGUGUAUGCCUCAAUGUUUUCCAAGUUGCAUGAUUAUGAUGCCUCAGCAUUUGCCACCACCUCCUCCUCCGCCUCCUCUACCUCCACCACCGCCUCCAGCUUUUGUGGUGUUUUUAAAUAAAUAA